AUGGCCAAAGUCCCCCGCAACUUCCGACUCCUCGAGGAGCUCGAAAAGGGCGAAAAGGGUAUCGGCGAUGGAAGCUGCUCCUACGGUCUUGACGAUGGCAGCGAUCUCAUGAUGUCCAAUUGGAACGCAACCAUCAUCGGCCCUGGUCACUCGGUCUACCAGAACCGCAUCUACUCGCUUAGCAUUCACUGCGGUCCAAGCUAUCCAGAUCAGCCACCCGAGGUCAAGUUCCUCACCAAAAUCAAUCUUCCUUGCGUCAAGCCAGACGGCCGUAUCGACUACAAUGCACUUGCCAUCUUUUCCAACUGGUCCCGCGAAAGCACAAUCGAAACCAUUCUCCUCUCACUUCGAAGAGAGAUGGCUUCGCCCGCGAACCGCAAACUUCCUCAGCCCGCAGAAGGUGCAUCUUACUAG